AUUAAGACCACGCCCUCUACUGAUCCCUGCGUCCACCCCGCUCUCGAUUCAAGAUGCCUCUAGAGAAAGGUAAAAGCAAAGGCAAUGCUAAGACUGGAGCCUCACAUGAUGAUCAACCGUACAGGAUGAAUGGGAUGGGCGAAUCUGCCAAGUUGGAGCUCAGGCGAAAGGUUGCAGAGAAAGAUGCAGUGAUCGAGGCACGAGAUCGCGAAAUUGAAACCCUGGGAGCCAACUUCGACAGCCUCCGAACUGAGAACGAGCGCCUCCACGCCGAGAACGAGUUGCCUCCGGAGGAUGAAAGAGCCCUCAUGACAUCCAACGCCAACAUCGAGCAGCUGCAAGAAAAUCUUUCGAACGUCGAAGCAGAGAAGAUUCGGAAUACGAAGGAAAAGGAUGCGACCAUUGAGCAGCUCAAUGACUGGUAUGAUAAUCUGGUUUCCAAGUUUGGAAUUACUGGCAGGCCGUGACCAUCUUUUGGGGCAGUUAGUACCUGGUUGGAACGAAAGGCCUGCGCCUGAGAAUGAUGGACAGGAAGCUGAAAGGGGAGAGGCUGCAGGGGGAGGUGAUUGAAGGAGACGAGUAGUCGGAACGAAGGCAAUAAUCUACCAUCAUAUUCGGGAGUGUCGUUUUGACGCGGUGAUGGCGUUGGAUGAUCUGAGAGCUUCAUGGAACAUAACAAAGAGGACUAGUGAGCAAGAUCUACGGGGCUUCAAACUAUGAGAUUGUCUGCGGCCGGCCUGCGGAGCUGCAAAGAUACAAAACUUACCCAGAUAGGCAGC